CUUUCCCCCUCCUCCGCCUGUAAAUUGAAUGAAUGCAGAAAGGGAGGGACUUCAUCAAAGCCAUUCGUAGAAGCUUCUUCACUCUCCACAGCAACACUUCCGUUACUCAGAUGGAUCAAUCAACGCGUUACCGUUACAGUCCAACUUUGAAAUGGAACCCUAUGGUUGAAGAAUACUUCAUCAAAGCUUACGGAGCUGAUCAUUUCUCUCGGAUUUCUACUGCUCUCACGCGCCCAUCAUGUUACUCUUGUAUCCGUGUGAAUACGCUCAAAUCAACAAGUGAUGCUGUUAUUGAGAAGCUUUUGGAAAUUUUUAAGGAAAGAGGAAUGCACGAUGUUGCAGUUCAAGAAUCUUCUACUACAUGGGAACCAGAUAACUGUUGUAAGGCAACCUUAAAAUGCACUGGAAGUGCAGAAUCUCUUAAGGCCAUCAAAAGUAUCUCAAAGUGUCAAUUUCCUGGCUUGGAUUAUGUGGUUUUUGUUGAAGGUUCAGGACCGCAUGCAAUUCAUUAUGGGGAUGACGAAGGCAAACCUCUUAAGGAGGUAAUUGUGAGCCGAAAGUGUGCAGAGGCAGUUCUUCGUGGUGCCCAAGUUUAUGUGCCUGGUGUUUUGGCAUGCAGUGCUCAUGUUGAAAGAGGUGAUGCAGUUGCAGUUUCAGUUGCUGUGGAACAGUAUGGUCCAGAUGGUGGAUGGGGUGUUGCAAUGACACGCGGGACUGUUCUACAAGGAUCACAAGAAGAUCCUUAUUAUUUUGAAAGAGAUGGCUUCUACAUUGGCCAAGCAACAGCAAUGAUGUCAAGAGCUGGAAUGUUUCGUGUUACUGAAGGGGUUGCGGUGGAUAUGAAGGAAAGAGUAUACAGACUACCCUCCUUUUAUGGUAUAACUUUCUCGCCUUUUCCAGCAUUUUUGAAAUCAUUUACAGGAUAUUAUGUGCAUAUAUCUUUAUGGCAUACUCUGGAGGCAACAGUAGCAAAUGUCAGGGACAACCAAAGAUGGAACCUCUCUUUCAGGAGAAUGUUGAAUGGCUGGGGGAUAGACAACCUAACUAAUUUCUACAGUUCUCUAGAGCAGGCCAAUAACCUUCACAAUAAUGAAGAUAAUCUACACUGGUUGAGGGCCAAUAAUUGGAAAUUCACAGUAAAAUCAGCUUACAGACACCUUGAUAGGCCAGCUGCAAUGCUCUUACCAUGGCCUUGGAAGAUAAUAUGGAAAGUUAGAGUACCUCACAAGGCAACAGUAAAAGGAGAAACUAGAGAAGCAGAUGGAACUGGAGAACAAAUUGUUCGGAAAUUCAGAAUCACCUGUUGUCUCUACCUCAGAUCAGAGGUGGAGGUCGCCGGAAAAGAAUGCUUGGUGACUGUCCCUGAUGUCGCUGAUUAUCGCACAGCGAGGAAGAGGGCCAAAUUUCGCUGGUCCACUUUUUUGAAGAGAUCUAAUUGUGUUACAAUUAUACAGGUGCUUGGAAUUCAGAAAUUAGCGGCUGAGAUGGGUUUAAGCUGUAUAACUACAUAUAAGCUUGAUGCACUGAAGUCUGUUUGCCAUGGAGCUGAAUCUGAUAGUUUGCCUAACACAAGCAGUGCUGAGGAUGCGCGAACACCAGAUUUAUUAUCCACUGGUAUAGAUGGAUUUGAUGCAAAGUUGCUAUUCGAAAAGAAUUUCAAUGAUUUGCAGCUGAAGGAUGGUCAGUACCCUAGUAAAGCUGAACUACGAAAACGUAUUAGGCAACUAAAAAAUGGGCCAGGAAGGAAUCACACUGCUGGUGGGAGGGUUGAAAAGUCUAAAGGGUUUUCUCCCAAUAGCUUUGAUCGUGUGCUACUUGAUGCUCCUUGCUCUGCAUUAGGUUUAAGACCUCGUCUCUUUGCUGGAGAGGACACAAUUGAUUCCUUGAGGAGUAAUGCCAAAUAUCAGAGACGAAUGUUUGACCAAGCUGUUCAGCUUGUUCGCCCAGGUGGAGUCAUUGUCUAUUCCACAUGUACGAUAAACCCUGGUGAGAAUGAAGCAUUGGUUCGAUAUGCAUUGGACAAAUAUGAGUUUCUCUCGUUGGCAUCUCAGCAUCCAAAAGUUGGAGGACCCGGCCUUACUGGUAGUUGUCAAUUGUCUGAUGGAUUUGUUGAGGAAUGGUUAAGGCCCGGUGAAGAAAAUCUUGUUCAGAGAUUUGAUCCAUCAUCCGACCUUGAUACAAUAGGAUUUUUCAUAGCCAAGUUCAGUGUUGGACCCAAAAACAUCUGAGUUGAAUGUGAC